GGCACCUGCUUUCAAAAGAAGAAGCUUCGUUCUUUUGCGCAGCUUGUGUCGUUCAUCAAAGGAUCAAUAUUACGGUCAACUCCUCGGCUCUUCACUCUUCCGCGUCAAUCAUGUCCUCAGGCGGGCGCAGGAAAAUCGGCUCCCACGAAAGGUCAUCCGUCGUUUUUAAAGCAGAGGAUCCCUCGUCAUCCUUACCGUACCCGCCGAUCAUCGAAUCAAGGCAGCAGACCGACAACCCGCUUCAACUGCGACUGCUCCUAACAGUGGUAGUCAUCGCCAUUCUCGUCGCCGCUGUCACGUUGGUCGCGACCAGAGUGAUACGGACCCAGAAAGGUGUUUGCGCCACAAUCGCCUGCCGAGACUUCGCAGAAUUGGCGCGGAGAUCUCUGAACGAGUCAGUACCUCCGUGCGAAAACUUCGGCCACUUCGUGUGUGGCCAGUGGAAGAAGCGCAACACCGCCAAGGCGUCCACCCGCCACAUGCUCUACGCGACAGCGCUGGAGACACUCUUCAAAAGCCUGACUUCCGCGCAUAAUCUCCCGCAGCAUCAGAGUGUGCGCGAGCAAGUCCGCGCGUUCUUCAGUAGCUGCAGCGCCGUGAGCCGAGGCGAGCGAGACGAGAUGAUCACCAUAAGGGUGUUCCUCGAAGAAGCCGGAGUCACGUGGCCCCUCGUACCAUCGAACCCCGACGUGCUCGACACCAUGCUGUAUCUCGACUUGGAGCUCAACUGGCCCUCCAUAUUACACGUUCGCGUAAAAGAAGAUAAGCACGUCUUCAAGGUCAGCAUCGAGCCCGCCAUGUCAUUCAGAGAGCUGGUAAAUCUGCGUGCCCGAUUGAGCACGAGGGAAGAAAGACGGCACUAUUUCGAUGUGGUCUUCAGGCACUACGGUCAAGGCGUUCCGGAAGGACAAGCAUACAGUCAAGUCGAGGAAGUAGAAGGACUUAUGGCGACGAAGCUAGAAAGCGUGAUGCCGAGACACCGCGAGAGCGCAUCAUUGGAAGAGCUAGACACUGACGAACUGUAUAGAGACAGCUCAAACUGGACGGAGCGCCUCGCUAAGUGGGUGAGAAUACAAAGCAGCGUCAAGUAUUACACGUCCAGCAAACCUUUCCUCGUCACGUUCUUCGAGCUUUGGUCGCAACAUGGGGACGGCAGGAUGCACCUCUACCUUUCCUGGUGCGCCGUGCGUUUCACCGCUCCGCUCGCUAACCGAGAGCUGCUCAGAAACCACUACGGACUUGACACCGAAGACUUAAUGCUCGGACAGAACUGCCUGUUUCUUUCCUACCAUAUUUUCGGUGACGCAAUUUUCGCGGAGUUCAACGCAGAAGUUUUUACCACCGAGGUGCGGCAGGAUGUGAGGGAUCUGGUGCUGGCAGUGAGGAAGUCCUUCGCGCGUCGCUUAAGUCAGUCGGCCUUCUCAGAGUCCGCUUCUUUGGUUGCCGACUGGGGCACAUUGGACCGGGUAUUCUUUGUCCUGGAAUACCGUCGGCAUUACGACCUUGAGCACACUGUAUGGCACUUGCCCGAUAUGUCGCACUCGUUCGUGAUCAACUGGAGGAUUAUGUCCCAGACACUGCGAGCCUUCAACGCCAGUCUAGGAGUUCUUGGAGAGGCCGUGCUUUCAGGCCGUAGCCUGUUCCGUCUCGACCAGGACAUUAAGGAUUUCAUCUUGUCACCGUUUGCGCUCCUGUUUCCCAUGUACGACGUCAAGUUGACGCCCGCGGUCAAGUACGGUGCCCUCGGAGACCAAAUUGGUUUGGCUACCGCACAGCUGGCGCUCAACCAUAUUGAGCAACAGCCCUCCGCGCAGUUCGAACUGAGCCUGUCACGCCAGUGCGUCAAGCAGGCGUUUGAGAAGCACGCCGAAUUGCCCAGCAACGCGAUUGUGGAGCUGGCGUCCUUGUCAGAGAUAUUGGAUGCGUUCGCCAAAUCCGGCGAUGAUGACCUGCGCAUUUCGGGUCUCGUCGACUACACGGCGCUGCAGACCUUCUUCAUCGCCUGGUGCUUAAUGCGCUGUGGUGCUACCGAUCUCUACCGCGACGAGGAUGACCCGUGCUCGCCUGUCCUCCGGCUGUUCGAUGCAUUUGCAGACGCCUUUCAAUGCUCACCGGAAACGUAUAUGAACGCUAAGACGAAAUGCACUGUGCUUUGAGUUGCCCAAUGUGACAAUUUAGCAUACUAAACGAAACUGUUAGGUAUACUAACUUUGAUGUUCAUGACUAGCAACGUCUCCGAUGUCCUAAAUCUAGAGAGUUUCGUCAUGUAUUUUUCUUGCUUGGAUUGCGCUCUGAAGCUCUGAAUCGGUUUGUUUCCUGAACAUAAUAUAUAUAUGUAUAUAUAUAUACAGGGUGUUCAAAAUUAGACUUUCCGGGUUUUAAAAAAAGUGCGACGAGGAGUA